GGUAAGUACUCCGUACCCCGUCGUACUCCGGAACAACUACUAACUACUCAACUAUUCAGUACUAGUAACUACUAACUACUGUCUUCAUCUUGACAAUCUCGCAGUUUCUAGAAGGUGGCUGUCGAAUUUCUCUCCGAAUCCACUCCGCGCAGACCCGUGACUUCCUACCGGUCCACCGUCCAUCGAACCACCGGCCGAAACAGUCGAGUGACGCUUCAGUCGCGUCGGGUCUCUUCUAACGGAAUACUUCUGUCAGACCGAAUACCUAUGUACCUACGCGAAUUGUCGACUCGUUUGAAUUCAAGUAAAUGUCCACUCGUCUGCGGCACGGCCCUAUCUGGUAACCAGAGUUUUCCUGCCUAUGUGGAGCGAGACAUUAUAUACCGCUUUUUCUCAUUGCUCGAAAACAUUCGGUGGAGUGAAUUCCACGCCUCUUUUUUUUUUUCGCUUUCGAAGCUUUACCUAACUAUACUCCGUACGUUCCAGUUACUAGGUAACUACGUACCGGUCUGUCUUUUUAUGCUCCGCUGUGGAUUCGUAUUGAAGGUUUUUGACAGCCUGCAGCUUUCUCUAGGAAUUGGGUUGGCGCCGAGUAAGCUGCUGCUAUUGUCAAAGAGACUGGUCAUGGCUAUCCGCAGGAAUCCUCCGUUAGUAUGUUUACCUGUACUACGGUUUAAAGCAAGGAACUGCAUCGGUACUUGCUUACUUGGCUGGACUCUGCAGAAACGUCGGGUGUAUCAGUGAGACAUCACUUGGGGCGUCAGCGGCAAGGGUACCGAUCUGAAACCAUGCACCCCUCAGAAUAGAAGUAACCGGA